AUGAAAGAGGAGGUGGAGGUUGAGAUAAAUGUGAAGGUGAAGGUUGAAAUAGAGGUGGACAAUGUGGAGGCUGAGAUGAAGGAGGAGAUGGAGAUGGAGGUUGAGAUAGAUGUGAAGGUCGAAAUAAAGGUGGACAAGGUUGAGGUUGACAUGCAAGAGGAGGUGGAGGUUGAGAUAGAUGUAAAGCUGAAGGUCGAGGUGAACAAGGUGGAGGUUGAGAUGAAGGAGGUGGAGGUGGAGGUUGAGAUAGAUGGGAAGGUGAAGGUGGAGGUCGAGAUAAAUUUGGAAAUGGAGGUCGAAAUGGUGAUCGAUAUGAAGGUAGAGGCCGAGUUAUUUGCUUGGAAUAAGCUUCAAGGUUGGUUGAUGGUAGUAUAA